AUGGCCGACUCGACCCUUUAUCUCUACACCUCCCUGACCGCGGGGUCGUCGCACAUCAUCACCGCUACCUCACGGAUCGAGACAAUUCUCAAAGCCAACAAGCUCCCAUUCCGCGCCAUUGAUGUCGCCACUGAUGAAGCUGCCCGCAAGCUAUGGAGUCGUCGCUGUAAGGGCAAGAAGCUCCCCGGUCUGGUGAAAUAUGGCAACAUUGUCGGUGACCUCGAGGAAGUGGAAGAGUGGAAUGAAUACGGCGAACUCCGCAUGAUUGUCAAUAGUUUCCAAGACGUUGACGGCAUGCCUGCGACGAGCAACCCUCUACCUGUCUCUGAGACCCCCGCCACAGAAUCAACUCCCAAACGACCUGAAAUGACCGUACCCAGAACGUCCACCAUUAAAAUUCAAAACCCACCCUCGACCAAGCAAGAAGAUAAGAAGGACGAUGCGGCCGUCCUCGCGCUUCGUCAAGCUAGCUCCGAAGCUGCCAACAAGGCAAAGGGCAAGACCGAGGAGAAAAAGGCAGAUGUGAAGAAUCCAGAGCCGGUCAAGUCAGACGAGCCCUCAUCAGCUGCUCAACAGACCAAGGCUGAACAGCCCUCUUCUCCCAAAGCGCCUCGUGGCUCGGUCGCUCCCGAACUUCCUGAUAUCGCCCCGGAUUCGCCCUCGGGCCCCAAGCGUCCUCCCCUCGUGCCUGAAGUCGCAGCUGUCUCGACGGCCAACUUCCACGUGGACAAUGCUGUAGCACUAGGCCUGGUCGAGCACCAUCGGGGAUCGAUCAUCUCUGGGAGCGACGAGGCGGACAAGGACGAAGUGGUCACGGAAAUUCGUCAGUCAAUUUCCGCGGCCGAGGGACCAUCUGCCUCCUUGGAUGCGUUGCGAAAGGAAGCUGCCGGCAAGGACCGAGAUGAGAGCAUCAUCGAGGAGGUUCCUAGUGCGGACGAGACACCGCUGGAGGAGAAGGAAGAGCUGAUCAAGCCCGCGGCUAAGCCCGUGAAUGAACAGACGAAGGAAGUAUCUCAUACGGAAACGACGGCGCGAAAGGAGAAAGCUGAAGUGGAAUAG